GUCCAUUUCUUUUCAGAUCGAUGAUAACUGGAAACUAUGGCGGCUCGCUUACUCCGACCGCACUGCCAUGGCGCCGCCGUAGGUCAGUUUUUCUUCAUCUACAACUGCAAAUUCUUGUUUCAAUAUUCAACAAUUGCAGAUAAAACUGCAUGUGACCAAACACAUUUCUUGGUGAACUAUCUUGUGAACUCGCUUGGAUUUUCUAGAGGAGAAGCCAUUUCAACCAGCACUAAAGUAACUCGUUCGAAAUCCACUGGAAAUCCUCAAUCUGUGUUAAAGUUCCUCGAAAAAAGUGGUUUGGACAAAACCCAUAUCGGUAAUAUUGUUUCUGCAGUUCCCAAGUUGCUUGUGUGUGAUGUUGACAAAACCCUUAAGCCCAAACUUGACAUUCUUCAAGGUAUUGGUUUAACUGGGUCUGAUUUGGUCAAGGUCAUUACUGGGAGUGUGUCUAUUUUGAAAAGCCUUGAAGUUUCUGAUUUGGAAUUUUGCAUUAGUUAUCUUAGAAAAAUUUUGGGUAGUGAUGAGUAUGUAGUGAAAGCUAUCAAGAAAAGAACAUGUUUACUCUCUGUUAAAGCAUGUGAAAGAGUGAAAAUCAAUAUGCUGUUCUUUCAGAGCAUUGGGUUUACUGAUGAUGAUAUCAAAAAAUUUAUACUUCAAAACCCAUAUACUCUUUUGGCAAGUCCUGAGGUUGUAGAGGAAAAAGUUCACAGACUUGAAAAUGAAUUUCAUAUUUCUCGAGCAUCGGGAUUGUUUAUCCAUGGAGUUGAUGUGUUUAUUUCGAUGAAAGAGUCGACUGUAGACACAAAACUUGAUGUUUUAAGGGAUUAUGGUUGGUCUAAAUGGGAGAUAAUCAAAUUGGUUCAGCUUUUGCCUUAUUGUUUGAGACUUUCAAAGGAGAAAUUGCGAGCUGCGCUAGACUUCUACAUGGUGCAACUUGGUUUGAAACCUGCCUACUUGGCUUCUCACCCAACACUGCUUAUGUUCAGUAUGAAAAAGAGAGUUUUGCCCCGGUUGGAAUUCAUGAGAAGUUUAGUUGAGAAGAAACUAUGCGAUGAAGAUUACAAUCUGUAUACUGUUCUGUUGCCAUCAGAACAGAAGUUUUACCAGGCUUAUGUGCUUGCCCAUAAGAUGCCUGAUGUGUGUGAACUAUACAACAAAAUUCAGCAGCAUGGAAAAGACAAAAAGCAACUUCCUAUGUUGUGCUGGAUGAGGCAUGCGAGAAUGACAACCGUUGUGGCAUUCAAUCAGAGAAGGGCAGUGAUGGCAACAGCUUUGCAGAUGACUCAUUGCUGCUUGAUGAGAGGACUUGAUCUGCAAUUGGUAGUCAUCUCAAGCAUGCAUUCAUACAGAUUGCCGGUAGCAAACACACAGCAUUCUGUCAAACAAGCUGAAGCAGAGCCGGUGAUGCAUAAUUUUACUAGUUUUAACUCUCUAAGAUGGAUAAACUUUAAUGUCAAUAGCUCUCAAGCUGGCCAAAUAGCAAUGGCUGAAUUUCAGUUAGGUAGCAGAAGCCACAGGAAAAGAGACACAGAAGGGUGUGUUCGGUAUGAAGCCGCCGCCGCUGCGGCUGCCGCCAGAUUUCACGGUUUUACAGACUUCCUUUCCUUGAAUAGUAUCAAAUCUCAAUGUCUCUACUCAACAAGCGCAACCUCAGCAUUGGUGAAAUACCUGGUUGAUUCUCUCGGAUUCUCUAAACAAGAAGCAUCGUCGGCAUCUUCCAAGGUAACUUCACGGAAACACUUAGAUAAUCCUGAUUUAGUCAUCAAUUUCUUGAAACAAACAGGUUUCCGCAACACCCAGGUGAAAAAACUGGUUUUUAUGGCACCCAAAUUGCUAUACCAUGAUGUCAACAAAACCCUAAAACCCAAAUUCCAGUGCCUUAUGGAUCUCGGGCUAUCCGGGUCGGACCUGGCGAAGUUAACCACUAAAGAUACAACAAUUGUUGAAAAAGGUUUAGUUACUCAUUUGAGACCUACCAUUGAUUUCCUUAGGAAAAUUUUGGGUAGUGAUGAAGAUGUAGUUAAGGCUAUAAAGAAAAGUUCUUGGUUGAUUUCUUUUAAUGCUCAUCAAAUUAUGAAGAAUAAUGUAGUGUUAUUGAGAAACUCUGGUGUUUCUGAUGUCAAAAUAAGAAAAGUUGUGCUUAUAUGUCCUCAUUAUCUUACACAAAAGCCUGAGUGGGUUAAGGAUUUGUUGCAUAGGUUGGAGAAAGAUUUUCGAAUUCCGCUUCACUCUCCUAUGUUUCCUUAUGGAUUUCAUGCAUUAGCCGCGCAAAAGAAGUCCAAGUAUGAAAACAAGAUUGAAAUUUUCAAGAGUUUUGGAUGGUCUAAUGAUUAUGUACUCAUGAUGUUCAGGAAGUUACCGUAUUGUAUUGCUCUAUCUGAGGAUAAAAUUCAGAAAGCAUUGAGUUUUUACAUGAAUAGGCUUGGUUGUGAACCUGCUUACUUGGCUUCUCAUCCUUCAAUUUUGGUCUUUAGUUUGGAAAAAAGGGUGGUACCUCGGAUGCAAGUCUUGAAAAUUUUGGACGAAAAGAAGAUUGAGAGGAGAAAGUUGGGUUUCUAUUAUGCUCUGACCAUAACAGAGACAAAGUUUAUGGAUUACUUUGUGCUACCCUACAAGGAUCAGAUACCUGAUUUGUAUGAACAGCUCAACAAAAUUGUGGCUCCGUAGUACAUUUUGUUUAUUUUUGGCACUACGUUGAAGUAUUGUUUUCAUUUCAAACUUGUUUUGCUUUUUAGUAACCUACUUGCAUGUUUUCCAGUGUUGCCAAAGAUCAUUUCUCUCUUUAUGUCUUGUUGCUUUCAGUACGUACACGUUAGGAUAACUCAAUAGCAUACCUUUAGUUCUGAAAAAAGGAGAAGCCACAAAGACGGGAAGUCAUAUAUGCCUUUGUUUAGACCAGUGAGCUUCUUUUAGAGAAGAAGUGUUCAGUUUUCAGGAGUUAACUAACUAGGAUACCAUGUUCGAAAUGUGCCUUGUUUAACUCUUAUCAGAGGCUACAAUCGAGAGGAAGGUAGAUUUUCUUCUGAAAGGAAUUGGGAUUAAAAACCAGAGAUGUUGGUUUCUGCUUCCCUUUUCGGGUUAUAAGAUUGAGUUCAAGAGAACAUUAUCGUUAUCAAGUUCUUCAGUUAAGUGAGUCUGUUUUGUUGAGCAGUUUGUGCUGCCUUACAAGGCUCAAAUUCCCUAUCUGUAUCUCACACAAGAAAAUAAUGAAAAAUUAGUAGUACUUUGAGGAACAUUUGUGUUAUUAGAUGCUGAAAAUUGUAUGCGAGUCUUUCAGCCUGGAAAUUUUCUUGCAAGUUUUAUCAGUUUCAUUGCAGUUUGUCCAGACUUCUUAUGGCUAUAAUAGUUUACAUAAUUCCAGUUUACUCAACUCAA